CAGAAACAUCAUUAUUGCAUGUAUGGAGUAUGGAGUAUGUUGUUUGCUCCUCUCGAGCCGGGAUGAAGAUGCACCUGAUACUUGGCCAUUCAAUUGAAAGCUGAUCACGGUUCCACAUGUUCCUAUCCCCCCUCAUUUCUCCCCUCUCUCGGUGGCUCUUUCUGCGGAGGCUUGGAGGCUUGAGAUGCCAGAGGAUCACCACCUGGCCCACCCCUUCAUUACCCCCCCUUAGACUAUCCGUGACUCUGACUCUUCCCUCUCCGCCCUCUCCGGUCAAAAAUGGGGAUUGCCAAAUGUUGGUUCAUCUCCAUUCCGCGGUGAAUGGCAGGUUUGGUCUGGUGGAGAAUGCUCGCCUUGGGGAGAUGUCGCGUCCUGCCGCCAAUCCCGGCCUCCCCCCAGCCAGACAAAGCUCUCACAAAAUAAUGGUCAUGUUUGACCCAGCUUCGUAUAAUCCCGCUCUCGGCCGUGAUUCCCCAGUGUGUCAAGAUCGGAGGAGGUUCGGAUCGAUGAGGUUUAGGGAAAGAGGUGUUUGUUUGCCAUGAAACGCAUUCUUAUAUCAACCGCAACAGCUCCUCCCCAUUCCUGACCCUACCCUGUGGCAAACCAAUUCGUUGCCCCAGAUUUUGUACGGUACCAAAUUUGGCUCCUAUAUCGGAUAUCGGCGCCUCCAGCCAGCG